AUGGUCGUCAUGGACGACUUCAAUUAUCUGGAUAUCUCUUGGGAAAAACACUCAGCCAAUGGUUUGAAUUCCAGUCCCGUCUUCAGGGCUUGCCACCCAUCCCUGCUGGGCAGCCACAGACUUCUGGAGCUGUUAACUCCGUCACCCAGGUCUUCAGUGAGAGUAUUGAGUAGUCCUGGGCCCAGCCUCAGUCCCAGUCCAUGUGAGGGAGCCCUCCUGCACUUCAAGUGCCUUCCUAGUUUGACAGAUCCAGUGACAGGAUUACUUCCAGCCAGCACCGAUCAUAAAGACGCCUGGGUCCGAGACAAUGUCUACAGCAUCCUGGCAGUAUGGGGACUGGGCCUGGCAUAUCGCAAAAAUGCAGACCGCGAUGAGGACAAGGCAAAGGCUUAUGAGUUGGAGCAGAGUGUGGUGAAACUGAUGCGGGGCCUGCUGCAGUGUAUGAUGAGACAGAUGGACAAGGUGGAGGCGUUCAAAUACAGCCAGAGUACAAAGGACAGCCUGCAUGCUAAAUACAACACGCACACCUGCGCAACUGUGGUUGGAGAUGAUCAGUGGGGUCAUUUGCAGUUAGAUGCCACCUCACUUUAUCUGCUCAUGUUGGCACAAAUGACAGCCUCAGGGCUUCACAUAAUCCACAGCCUGGAUGAGGUCAAUUUCAUACAGAAUGUCGUCUUUUACAUUGAAGCAGCCUACAAGACUGCAGACUUUGGGAUAUGGGAGCGUGGAGACAAGACGAACCAGGGAAUCACAGAGCUGAAUGUGAGUUCGGUUGGCAUGGCUAAGGCAGCCCUCGAAGCCCUGGAUGAACUUGACCUCUUUGGGGCAAAAGGAGGACCCCAGUCGGUGAUCCACGUCCUUUCAGAUGAGGUGCAGCAUUGCCAGUCUAUUCUCCAUUCAAUGUUGCCGAGGGCUUCAACAUCUAAGGAAGUCGAUGCCAGCGUCCUUUCAGUCAUCUCAUAUCCAGCAUUUGCUGUGGAAGAUGGUGAACUGGUGGAGAAAACAAAGCAGGAAAUUAUUCUGAAGUUGCAGGGACGGUAUGGCUGCUGCCGGUUUCUCAGAGAUGGAUACAAGACACCCAGAGAGGACCCUAAUCGUCUCUAUUAUGAGCCGGCUGAGCUGAAGCUUUUUGAGAACGUUGAGUGCGAGUGGCCUUUAUUCUGGACAUACUUCAUCAUCGAUGGAAUCUUCAGUGGCAAUGCUGAGCAGGUUCAGGAGUACAGGGAGGCUCUUGAAGGGGUCCUUAUUAAGGGGAAGAAUGGAAUUCGCCUGUUGCCAGAACUGUACAGUGUCCCUCCUGAGAAGGUGGAUGAAGAGUAUAUGAAUCCUCACACUGUUGACCGAGUGCCUCUUGGCAAGCUGCCGCUCAUGUGGGGCCAGUCUCUUUACAUCUUGGGUUGUUUAUUAGCAGAGGGAUUCCUUGCUCCAGGAGAAAUCGAUCCUUUGAAUCGCAGGUUUUCUACCAUCCCAAAGCCAGAUGUGGUGGUUCAAGUAUGUAUCCUGGCUGAGACGGAUGGCAUCAAGACCAUCCUGAGGAAGCAGGGCAUUGAUGUGCAGACGGUGACGGAUGUCUACCCCAUCCGAGUCCAGCCAGCCCGGAUUCUCAGCCACAUCUAUGCCAGGCUGGGCCGAAAUAAGCACAUGAACCUGAGUGGCCGGCCCUUCCGGCACAUGGGAGUCCUGGGGACCUCCAAGCUUUAUGACAUCAGAAAGAACAUCUUUGCCUUCACUCCCCAGUUCAUAGAUCAGCAGCAGUUCUACUUGGCACUGGACAACAGGAUGAUUGUGGAGAUGCUGCGGACAGACUUGUCUUACUUGUGCAGCCGCUGGAGGAUGACUGGACGGCCAACCAUCACCUUUCCCAUUUCACAGACCAUGCUUGAUGAAACUGGCACUGCUGUACACCCAGCAGUCCUGGCAACCUUAAGGAAGCUGCAGGAUGGGUAUUUUGGUGGGGCAAGGAUUCAAACUGGUAAGUUGUCUGAGUUCCUGACAACUUCAUGCCGCACGCACCUCAGUUUCAUGGACCCCGGGCCGGAGGGUAAGCUCUAUUCUGACGAUUACAAUCUCAGCAUUGACAGCUUCAGUGAACUAGAAUCCGAGGAAUGGCUGCAUGGCUUACAAUUAGCAGAUGAUGCUGACAUUUGUGAUGAAGUGGCUCAGUAUUUAGAUCAACUCCUGGAGCGCACAGCUCCUAGACUGAACCUCCCUCCCACCGCCCAGAAGGGAGGGCUGCAUCGCUUCCGAGCUGCAGUGCGCACUACCCGCGACCUCAUGUCCUUGGCAUCCAAGGCUAAAGAGCUGCACAUACAGAAUGUUGGGAUGUAUAUCCCUUCCAAGCUGUUUCAGACUUCUCAGCCAUCCGUCAACCUGCUGGGUUCCAUCCAGAAGCACGAGCCAGAUGUCAAGAUCCCCUCGCUCCAUGCUGAGAUGAACCUCCCCAGAGACAAUGCUGGGAACGUGGACUGCAAAGCCCUGGUGGACCAACUGCGAGAGUGCCCCACCCUGCAGGAGCAGGCUGAUCUCCUCUACAUGCUCCACACCCUCAAGGGGCCUGACUGGGACACUGAGAUCCAUGGCCAACCUGGUGCUACAAUCAAGGACCUCCUUACUGAGCUGUACGUCAAAGUAGGGACUACUCGACAGUGGGCCCUGAUCCGUUACAUCUCGGGAAUCCUGAAGAAGAAGGUGGAAGCUCUUGAUGAGGCCUGCACUGACCUCCUGUCUCAUCAGAAGCACUUGACAGUGGGGCUGCCUCCAGAACCUCGUGAGAAGACGAUCUCUGCCCCUCUUCCUUAUGAGGAGCUUGUUCAACUGAUUGAUGAAGCUAGUGAGAGAAACCUGAGCAUCUCUAUCUUGACCCAGGAAAUCAUGGUAUAUUUGGCCAUGUACAUCCGCACACAGCCCUCCCUCUUCUCUGAGAUGUUCCGCCUACGCAUUGGGCUUAUCAUCCAAGUGAUGGUGACGGAGCUGGCGCAUUCUCUGCACUGCUCAGCUGGAGAAGCUACCGAGAGCUUAAUGAAUCUCAGUCCUUCGGAUAUGAAGAAUCUUCUGUGCCACAUUCUCUCUGGCAAGGAGUUUGGGGUGGAGAAGAGUGUGCGGUCUGUUGAUUCAACCCUCACACCAGCCAUCUCCAUCCGUGAGAUGGGCGCUGUUGGAGCAACCAAACCGGAGCGAACUGGCAUCAUCAAGCUGAAAAGUGAGAUCAAACAGCAACUGGAUAAACGUAGGCAGUCUCUGACGGGGAGUAAGAGCUGUGGCUUACACUCCCCGGAUUCGGAUUCAGAAUCUUCUCUGACCUCUGGACGCUCCUCCAUCUUCCCUGGUGGAGGAUCUUUUGCUAGCAUGCUGGAAGAUCAGUUCUCCAAAGACAGCCGCCAAGGCCAAUGGCAACGGAGGCGGCGGCUAGAUGGAGCGCUUAACAGGGUCCCAGUGGGCUUCUACCAAAAAGUCUGGAGGAUCUUGCAGAAGUGCCAUGGACUCUCUGUGGAGGGCUUUGUUCUUCCUUCCUCAACGACCAGAGAGAUGACUCCUGGGGAAAUAAAGUUUGCAGUCCAUGUUGAGUCUGUCCUAAACCGUGUCCCACAACCAGAGUAUAGGCAGCUCCUCGUAGAAGCUAUCCUAGUUCUUACCAUGUUGGCAGAUGUGGAAAUAAACAGCAUUGGUGGCAUCAUUGCAGUGGAAAAGAUUGUGCACCUAGCAAAUGACUUAUUCUAUGAAGAACAGAAAACCCUGGGUGCAGAUGACAACAUGCUGGAGAAGGAUACUGCCACUGGUAUCUGCACCUUGCUGUAUGACAGUGCUCCCAGUGGCAGAUUUGGCACCAUGACCUACCUCUCCAAAUCAGUUGCAAUGUAUGUGCAGGAGUUCCUCCCCAGCAGUGGCUGCACCAUGCAGUAGACUCACCUGGUCUGGGCUUCAACUCUGAGUUUACAAACAGCCUUGAUUAUUAUUAUUAGGGAUGAACAGCAAGGCCUUAGGCUGUCUUGUUGGCAGACGUUCUUCGCAUUAGUUGCCUUGCUGGGAUGGUGGCUUCAGAGCUUGGGACCUGCUUCCUCCUAGCUUUGUCCUUGAAAAUGCCACAACCACAAUAACUACUCUUGGAUGGAAGAGUUUUCCUUCCAGAGCAAAAUGACAUGGCAGGAGAAAGUGUGUGUGUGUGUGUGUGUGUGUGUGUGUGUGUGUGUGUGUGUGUGUGUGUGUGUGUGUGUGUGUGAGAGAGAGAGAGACCACAGCUGCAUUUGUGGACAGAUGUCAUGACUCUCCUCUUUCCAUCAAAUCCCAGGGCCUGGCUUGGCUGGCUGAGGGCUGUGCUGUGUCAGGCCCUGGGUUGAGUCCCAGCUUACAUCUGAGGCAUCUGUCUACAUAGCAUGUUACUGCUGCAUAACUUUCCCAGUUAUAAAGCCUACACUGGUAGGUUUUAGUCAUGGCUGAGGUGGGUAAUAGCGGGGUUCACAAAGGAUUUUAUUUAUGUCCCCUCCUAGAGGCUCUCUCUGUGUUGAUGCAUCCCUGUGCUGUAAAGGAUACAGAGUGUAUAUGUCCACCUGCCUUUUUCUCUCCAUUGGACUUAGCUGUUUAGAUGCUCUCGCUCUUUAGCACCAAGCCUGUGUGGCUUUGGUUUUAUUUUUAAUUAAGAUUUUAUGAACUGACCCACAUCCCCCCUGCUGCAGCUUUUGUUAGAGAUCUGGGUCCCAUUACUCCAGACCCCUUCCUGACCCUCCUAGCAAUGACUCACUGACCUAGCCAGGACAUAAUCUGUGCACUGGGGAUCAGUUAGACCUGUUGGCUGUUGUGGGCCCCUGCUGCUCCCCUGCCAUGCAGAUCUGAUGAAGCCUAUGAGAAACUGUGCAGAACUGCUUUAGGGGGUGAAUGGAUUGGGGUCCUCAACCAAGCUCCCCAUAUCUGUUUAGAGCUCUAGGGGACAGGGCUUACACAAAAGGUUCUCGACUGUCUGGAGAGAGAUUCUUAGCCCCUUCCCAAACCAUAUUUAGCCGUGUUUUGAUGCACUGAGUUCCUGUAUAUCUAUCUAUGGAGACCCAGGAACAAAUUAAAGUAGCCCUAAAUUACCUGCUUUGUAACAGCUGGAUUUGUUGGGAAGCCACCUGCCUGUGGUGUGUUUUACAGUGGGAGUGCUGGGUCCUGCUUGCUUUGUGCUUUUGACAUCAGCCCAUGCAUUUCACCUUUAGGUCAGAAAAGCAGCAGUCCCUCUACUAUUGAUUCACACAACACUUGAAUUCCCAAGGACCUGUGUUAUCCAGUGAGGAGUUAAGCCUAAGUGAUAGUGGUGCUUGUGUUAGGUAGUCCAUGCAUGCACCAAGCACUCUUCAUACACAUUUCUAUGGCUGGGUCACCUUGGAACCCUCUUUUCCCCAAGACAACUUUGACCAAUGGAGUGAAAUGGUGUGGGUGUAUGAUGAUUUGGCUUCUUCAGUCUCAAGUGAAGAAAGAGUCUUCACUGGAGCUUUCUGGCUCCGUUAGUUUCAGACUUCCUAAGAAGCUCAGAUUCAAACACUCCAGAAAGAUUUGCCAGUUGCUUAUACAAUUUGUUUCAUUUUAAUAUCUUCACUUCCCUAGGACUCAGUUUCCUUUCAUCCAUCUAACCCUUCAGCCUUUCAGACACAAUCCAGCCUCCCCAGUCCAUGCUUUCUGUAACAGAACUGUCUAACAAAAUAUCUGGUGUUCUUGUGCAUGCAGUACAUGUUACCAAUAACCCAAGACAGGUUUGAAACCAUGGAAGGGGAAGCUGAAGCACCUGCACUGCCUUUUCCCACUCCAUCCCAGUUAUUCCUUGUCCAUAGAUAAUGAUCGUUUAGAUCAGCUUGUUCUCUUUAAGCAUUCAGGUGAUCUGACUGUCAGCGAUAUUGAGUGCUGUAGAAGUGACAUUCUGAUUCUUCCUUCCAAAGCUAAGAGUUCAGUGUGUGUGCACACCAGUGUGGCUGUUCUAAUGGUAUGGAGAGAUGUGCCUUGCAUAGCAUCAGAGGUGUGUAUCCACUCUCAGGUUUUACAGUGAGCACGUGCUUGCAAACCUGCCCAUCUGAAAUAGUCCUCCUCUGUGUAUCUGCUGUCCGCUACCAGCCAGUUGUGCAGGUUGGGCACUAUGUGCAGGUUGGGCAGGGUUUUGUUGGAUCUGUUUAACAGUAUGUCAGGAGUCCUUCCAGAUGAGCACUGCUCGUAUAUUUGCUAGAAAAGUUAAGAUAUGUGUCGGUAAUCUUCUCAUUGACCUCCCAUUCAGCUGCUUACCUGUUUUGCUGGAGUCAGAAGUAUUUGAAAAUGUCUCAGAAGCCAGAUCAGUCCCACAACUCCAUCACCUGGUGGAGUAUAGCUUAUGGCCCAGAUAGGUAGACAAGCCUGGCUGGAACACCAUUGCUUGGCAGGUGAGGGGAAAGAGAGUGAGUCUAGAGGUAAGAUGCUUGACCUUUCAGUUAGCUCAGUUCCCUCAUGCAGCUCCUCCAGCCGAACUCAUAGGGUAACAAGCACAGCAUUUGGGCAUGUUUGGGAAGGCAGCUCCAUGCCAAAACACUGAAGGCUGCAACACUCCGGAAGAAAUGGUGGCAGUCAAAUCUGUUAGAGGGAAAGGAACCAGAGCUGAAACCCUGAGAGAACAACAAACUCUCUGCUGUUGAGCCUGAAACUUUCCAAUGGUUUCUUGGAACAAAAAACCCCACAACAUACGGGUUUUUAUUUUUGGGUGUAUGUUGGGAGCAGGGCUGUCAACCACCCCACUGCAGCCAUUUCCGCUUAACAUUUUUCACAGCAGUACUAGAGACCCUUUAAAGAUUUCUGACCAAUGAGAGGGUGAUCUAGGGUCAGACUGGGAUUCCAUGAACACACGUCUAUAAAACAUGCUUCCUUUUCCCAUGGACAAGAGAGAGUGCCUCAGAGCACUGCUAGGUCUAGAUUGGCAGCUGCUUGGCUCGCAUUGCUAGAGCCAGGUUUCAAAAGAUCUUAGCACUCCAUGUACACCCAGUGCAUGAGGCUCUAAUCUUCAAAGGCAGUUAAGUGCCUAAAUUACUAGGUGUUAGGUACCUACAUCCCUUCUAAGGAUCUGGGCCUGAGUUCUGCUGACAAUUGGGCACCUGUCGCACAGUGCUGACCUCCUAAACAUGUUGGCCUUAGUGCCUUAUACUGCAGGAUCCAGAAAUUCCCUGCUCUCCAGAGCCCCAGCUCCUGGGCUGGGAACUGGAUCUGUGCAUGUGACUUUUUUUUUAAUUGAAUUUUAAUCUUCAGUUUUAGAAGUUGCCAAAUGUUUCCUUACAGAGCGGGGUUGGGAAAGAGCCAGUAAGUGACAAAAACAAAGAGCUCAAGAGUUAUAAACUUGGCGUGAAACGGCCUACUGGGGGUGGGGAUUCAUUCAUGAAUAGGGCUGGUUGCUGCAUUGCACUUUCGUGAUGGUUUACUGACUGUAGCUUGAUUGCACUCUAACACGUAGCCAUGUUCCCUUUUAAAACUCCAUUUCUUAGAUCUUUAUUUUUGGCAUGUGAUGCUGAGAUGCAUGUAGACCUCAGUCUCUUUUUUCCUAGUAAAACAAACAAAAAUUAUAAAAAACACAGAAUUUUAAUAUAUUGUUUUUGAAGACUGAAAUUCUGGAGUAAAACAUCUUUGUUUCA